AUAAUACAGGUUCCACCAUUAAUUUUCCAGUGACCGGAACGAAAAUCAAAAGCAGCCAUCAUCUUUAGAUCAGAGACACAAAAAAGGGCUUUGACGGUUGUUGAAGAAGAAAUUAAAAGGUAAAAAAAAGAAAAGAGCUGCUGUUUUUUGACUAAGAUUGUGAUUGUCAAAAUUGAUGCUGAGGAUCAAACUGGGUUAAUUCAUUCAUGGAGAUUUGCUUAAUCUAUUCUGUUUUUGGUUAACGAGUGAUUUUGCUUGAUCGAGUGAUUGUUUGCUGUUAGAAGACGAAGGUGUUACUAGUAUUAUCAACGAAUUCUAUCGAAAAUCGACUGCUUUAUUGACAAGCAGGGUUCGGUUUAGAUGCAAACGUCUCAGAAACACCAAACUCGGGUCAAUAUCCACAGGUUGUAUCACCAACCUGUUAAGGAUGUUGAUCAAUUUUGUUUGCCUCAUAUUCAGAUAUUAGAGAACAAUGCAUGUUCGGAUAUCGGCAGUCAAGGACCCAGUGUGUCCUAUCAAGCCUACAAUGACCAGAUUUUUACUCUGGAAUCAUCCACGGCGGCUGCUAGUAUCGUUGCUUAUGAUUCCCCUUCUGCUAUAAGUGUCUCGUCGAGCAGGAGUCCUUUCUCUCCACAAGGUUCUCAAUCGUGGAUGUCUGAUCCUCAUCAUUCCCCCGACAAUACACAUGGAUCACCGUUCAGUGGAUCUUCUGUUGUUGAUGAUAGCAAUGGAUUGAAGCACAAGUUACGAGAGCUGGAAGUCUCGUUGUUGGGGCCUGAAUCGGAUAUUAUAGACAGCUGCAAUUGUUGCUUUACUAGUGGAGCUCACCAAGCUGCUUCAAUGGCAGGCUUGAACCACGAGCAACUGGUGGACAUGAUUCCUAGAUUAGACUUGAAGGAGGUGCUUAUUGCUUGUGGUCAAGCGCUUUACGACAAUGACAAGUCGAGAGUGGCAGGUUUAAUGCAUGUGUUGGAGAAAAUGGUUUCUGUAUCUGGGGAACCACUCCAACGAUUGGGUGCUUAUGUUCUUGAAGGGCUUAGAGCAAGGUUGGAAUCAUCGGGGAGUAAUAUCUACAAAGCCUUAAAAUGUCAAGAACCGACAAGCUCGGAACUAAUGUCUUACAUGCAUAUUCUCUUUCGAAUCUGCCCGUACUGGAAGUUUGCAUACACAUCAGCUAAUGCUGUCAUCAAGGAAGUCAUGGAAUACGAGCAGAGAAUUCAUAUCAUUGAUUUCCAAAUAGCACAGGGUACCCAAUGGAUGUACCUUAUUGCAGCUCUUUCAAAACGCCCUGGUGGGCCUCCAUUUAUCCGUGUUACUGGUAUUGAUGAUUCUCAGUCAAAUCAUGCUCGAGGUGGCGGACUUAGUAUUGUGGGGCAGAAGCUAUCGGAAUUUGCUAAGUCGUACAAAGUGCCAUUCGAGUUUCAUGAUACUAGCGUGUCUACUUCCGAGAUUCAAGUACAGAAUCUCAACAUUCGUCCUGGGGAAGCCCUAGCCGUGAAUUUCCCUUAUGUAUUGCAUCACAUGCCGGACGAGAGCGUAACCAUCUCGAACCACAGAGACCGAUUGUUGAGAUUGGUGAAGAGUUUGUCCCCCAAAGUCGUCACCCUUGUUGAGCAAGAGUCUAACACCAACACAUCCCCCUUUUUUUCUCGGUACAUCGAGACACUCAAUUAUUACACAGCUAUGUUCGAAUCCAUAGACGUAGCUUGUCCAAGAGACGACAAGCAAAGGAUCAGUGCAGAACAGCAUUGCGUGGCUCGGGAUAUUGUGAAUAUGAUUGCUUGUGAAGGGCAAGAAAGGGUGGAAAGACACGAACUUCUCGGAAAAUGGAGGUCGAGAUUUAUGAUGGCUGGUUUUUCUCCAUAUCCGUUGAGUUCUUUGGUCACAUCAGCGGUACGAGAUAUGUUAAAAGAAUAUAACAACAACUAUAGAGUUGUAGAGAGAGAAGGGUCUCUCUAUCUUGGGUGGAUAAACAGAGCCAUGGCAACCUCUUCUGCAUGGAGGUGAAAAAGGAAUGGAGGAAUCUGUAAAUUCUACCCAAAUACCCUUUUUUUUUCUUCUUAAUUUUAUAGCAUCAACCUUUAGGUGUGUGCUGUAAAUUUAUAGAAAAAUAUGAGCUUAGCUUUUUGUUGGUUUUUUAGGCAAAGGGACUGAAUUGCAAAAAUCUCAGUGUACAUUUCUUAUGAAACAGCUUUGAGCAGAUUUUAGUCACUUUGUGGAUAUUGGCUCACAUCAAUCAGUGAAUCAAUUCAUAUACUAUUACCUGUUUUUAAUAGGAAAUGACAGUGACGAAUUUUUUUUCGGUA